AUGGCAGCACCACUUAGUCGUGCCUCCUAUGCGGCCUCUUCUGCCUCUUCGUCGUCUGGUUCUUCGGAUUCUCUUGCAUCAGACUUUCGUGAUUCAGAACCUGACCAUGAAAUUCUUAUAUCGCCCUCCUCUUCGCCCCCAUCUGACCUCGUGGAGACGUUCGAGAACCAAUUCAUCGACGGAAAGCAUGGUCUUCAUACCUCACGUCAUUUCCAUAGUGCGAAUUCUGCUGUAGUCAAGCUUGAAGAUUGUUGUGGACGACUCUGUAGUGUUUGUGGGGAGCAAUCAGAUCAGCCAAGAGACAAAUCGAGGGAUGUAGAGAUUUGUGGAGAAUGCUGGGAUGACGUUGACGUGUAG